GCCCAGAGCAGCCGCGCCGAGGCCGAGGCCUGGUACCAGAGCAGGUACGAGGAGCUCCAGAACACCGCCGGGAAACACGGGGACAACCUGCGGAACACCAAGAUCGAGAUCCAGGAGCUGACCAGGAACAUCCAGAGGCUGCGGGCGGAGCUCGAGAACGUGAAGAAGCAGAACCAGCAUCUCCAGUCGGCCAUCGCCGAGGCCGAGGAGAGGGGCGAGAUGGCCCUCAAGGACGCCCGCAGGAAGCUGGAGGAGCUGGAAUGUGCCCUGAGCAAGGACAAGGAGGAGCUGGCCCGGCUGCUGAAGGAGUACCAGGAGGUGCUGAACGUCAAGAUCGCGCUGGACGUGGAGAUCGCCAUGUACAGGAAGCUGCUGGAGGGGGAGGAGAACAGGCUCUGCAACGACAGCUCGUCCAACGUCAACGUGUCCGUGGUCGGCAGGAGCAGCAUCUCCGGAGGCAGAGGCGGCGGGAUGGGAGGAGGAUUCGGCGGCGGCAGCUGCGGGAUGGGAGGAGGAUUCGGAGGCAGCGGGAUGGGAGGAGGAUUCGGAGGCAGCGGGAUGGGAGGAGGGAUGGGAGGAGGGGUGUGCGGCGGAGGAGGAGGAGGAGGAAGCGGCUUCGGCGGCGGCAGCUGCGGGAUGGGAGGAGGGAUGUACGGCGGGG